GCUCGGCGGUAGCCCCCGGUGGUGCGGAGCCGUGCCGUGCCGUGCCGGCCGUCUGGCUGCUAGGUGGAGCCCGCGUCCGCGCAACUCAGAUCCGGGCCCUCGCCGCUCCCCCGCCUCUCGGCUCGUCGCCCGCCCGGCUCCGUGCAGUCGCCUCCGGGCAGGGCAGCAUCGCUGAGCUUCCCGCCGCUGCUUCCUCCUCCUCGUCCUCCUCCCCGGGUCCCCAUUCCCGCCGCCGGCCCAGCCCUGCGGGGGACGCUGGUGCUGCGGGUCCCGCCGCCUCGGAGCCCACUCCCCGUGUUUGUACGUGUGCGGUGCGUGUGUGUGCGUGCGCUGUGCAGAGCUGAACCAAGCCGUGCCGGCGGGGCCUCCCGCCCGCGGCCAUGGGCCCCCCCCGUGCCCGUUAGGCACCGCGCGGGGCGCGCCGGCGGAGCCGCCCCCCGCCCGCCUGUCCGCGCCGAGCCGCGCCGGGGCUGGCGGUCUCCGCAGCGGGAGAAGGAGGAGGAGGAGGAAGAAGAGGAGGAAAGAUCUGGGGUGCCGGCGGAACGCGGGGGGCUGAGGACCACCCGCCUCCGUUUGCGCGGGCGCCUUUGUGUCCCCCAGCCCCGGUGGAGCGAGGGGCCGCGGGCAGGGGAGCGGAUGCAAAGAGCGGCUGGUGCUGGAGGGGGAAGAGAAAAAGGGGGAUGGUGGAAGAUUUCUCUCCCUUUUUUUUUUUUUUUAUUUUUUUUUUCGGUGGUCUCUUCGGCAGCGGCUGUUCUUCUCCAGCAGCGGCAGCAGCAGCAGCAAAAAAAGCAGAGGCAAUGACUCUGCCGCAUACGAAUCGCCUGGCCGGUGGUGCCGGCUCUGGAGACAUCACCUUGCUCUGAAGUUGCCCACCUGGAGGAGGUAAAUCGGAGCCGGGCUUCGGUCCAGAAGGGUCGGCGGCGACGGGGGAGAGAAGGGAGCGAUCGCCUCCCCCCAUCUCCACACACCCUCCGUCCUCCGGGAGGAAGCCUGUGUAGCAGAAGAACACGGCAGAAAAGGAGAGACUUUCUCUUCCUUUUUUUUUUCUUUUCUUUUUUUUUUUUUUCCUUCCUUGAGGGACGUUCCUUGCUUCUCAUCUCCCCUUUUCCUCCUGGUUGGGGGCUUUGGUACUGUGGUCAGGUCUGCUUCCUACCCCCACCCCUGGUUUUAAUGGCUGGAUUGUGGCAGCAGCUCCCUGCUGCAGGUUGUUGAGGAACUGAUGGAGACUUGCAUCUCAGGAGCCGGAGGUGACUAAAGAAAUGCUGAAUUCAGUACUCUGCAAAAAAUAGCGUGUGGAUUUUUAGCACCUGAAGAACAAGAAAAGGUCUCAGACUCUGGAUACUGGCUGUGGGAUUUUUUUUUUAAUUUGGGGGGGGGGGGGGGGAUUUAUUUUUUUUUUCUUCCUUUUUGGAUGUGAAUUGAAGGCCAACAGUUGAAGUGUUGGAAGCAAGUGCAGGAGGACAUUCACCUUGUUUUAUUUGAACCCUUGUUUGCUGCUAUACUUUCAAGCCCUCCUUCACAGUCAUGUGGUCAUCACAGCUGCUGUUCUUCACAAUGCUCUUAACACCGUUAUCCCAUGCCUGGAUUUCUUUUAAAACAGCUUUCAGCCGUGCCCCGGUCCCCAUGGCUGUGGUCCGAAGGGAGCUGUCCUGUGAGAGUUACCCCAUAGAGCUUCGCUGCCCGGGAACAGAUGUUAUCAUGAUUGAAAGUGCCAACUAUGGGAGGACUGAUGAUAAAAUCUGUGACUCUGAUCCUGCUCAGAUGGAGAAUAUCCGCUGUUAUCUGCCAGAUGCCUAUAAGAUUAUGACUCAAAGAUGCAGUAAUCGGACCCAAUGUGCAGUUGUCGCUGGCCCUGAUGUGUUUCCAGACCCUUGCCCUGGGACAUACAAGUACCUGGAAGUGCAGUAUGAAUGUGUCCCUUACAUUUUUCUUUGCCCUGGACUGCUGAAAGGAGUAUACCAGAGCGAACACUUAUUUGAAUCUGACCACCAAUCUGGUGCCUGGUGCAAGGACCCUCUGCAGGCAUCUGACAAGAUCUACUACAUGCCCUGGACACCGUACCGGACGGACACACUGACGGAGUACUCCUCCAAGGAUGACUUCAUUGCUGGGAGACCAACUACUACCUACAAACUCCCUCACCGGGUGGAUGGCACAGGGUUCGUGGUGUAUGAUGGGGCUUUGUUCUUCAACAAGGAACGAACCAGGAACAUAGUCAAGUUUGACUUGCGGACAAGGAUAAAAAGCGGGGAGGCUAUCAUAGCUAAUGCAAAUUAUCAUGACACCUCUCCCUACCGCUGGGGAGGCAAGUCUGAUAUAGACUUGGCUGUGGAUGAGAACGGGCUGUGGGUAAUCUAUGCAACAGAACAAAAUAAUGGCAAAAUAGUCAUUAGCCAGUUAAACCCUUACACAUUAAGGAUUGAAGGGACGUGGGAUACUGCCUAUGACAAGAGGUCAGCUUCUAACGCCUUCAUGAUCUGUGGGAUUUUGUAUGUGGUGAAAUCUGUGUAUGAAGAUGAUGACAAUGAAGCCACAGGGAAUAAAAUAGACUACAUAUAUAACACUGACCAAAGCAAGGAUAGCAUGGUGGAUGUACCCUUUCCAAACUCCUACCAGUAUAUUGCUGCUGUGGAUUAUAAUCCCCGGGACAACCUCCUUUAUGUAUGGAACAACUAUCAUGUUGUGAAAUAUUCCUUGGAUUUUGGCCCACUGGACAGCAGAGCAGGGCAGGCUCACCAUGGGCAGGUCUCCUACAUUGCCCCACCAAUCCACCUCGAUUCGGAUCUGGAGAGGCCGCCAUCCAAGGGAGUGUCAACAUCAGGGGCUCUAAGCCCAGGGAGCACCACGGCCAGCACUACAGCACGGAUGGUCACCAGCAGCAGCAGCCGCCCCACCACGACCUCGGCCUCAGGCAGGAGGAACAGGAGCACCAGCACGCCAUCACCCAUGGCUGAUGUCCCCAAUGAAAUGACCACUCACCUCCCGCCUGCCUCCUCCCAGCUGCCACCGGCUGGUGCAGAGAGCUGCGACCCCAUGGAAGCCCGUGAUAUUACGUGGUCUCGAACUCGGCAGGGACAGGUGGCAAAGCAGCCAUGUCCUAUGGGCUCUAUAGGUGUUGCAACCUUCCGGUGUCUUGCGCCAGAUGGGAUUUGGGAGCCCCAAGGACCUGAUCUCAGCAACUGUUCUUCUCCCUGGAUCAACCACAUCACUCAGAAGAUGAAGUCGGGGGAGAUGGCUGCCAACAUUGCCCGAGAGCUUGCAGAGCACACAAAAAACCACUUGUAUGCUGGUGACAUCGCAUACUCUGUGUCUGCCAUGGUCCAGCUGGUGAACUUGCUUGACGUGCAGCUCCGAAACCUGACUCCGGGUGGGAAGGACAGUGCUGCACGCAGCUUAAAUAAGCUUCAGAAAAGGGAGCGCUCUUGCAGGGCCUAUGUCCAGGCCAUGGUGGAGACAGUGAACAACCUCCUGCAGCCACAGGCUCUGAAUGCAUGGAGGGACCUGAAUGCAAGUGAACAGCAGCGCGCAGCCACCAAGUUACUCGACACUGUGGAGGACAGUGCCUUUGUGCUGGCUGAUAACCUGCUGAAGACCGACAUCGUCCGGGAAAACACUGACAACAUCCAGCUGGAAGUUGCAAGACUAAGCACAGAUGGGAAUCUGGAGGAUCUGAAGUUUCCCCAGAACAUGGGCCAUGGGAGUGCCAUUCAGCUGUCAGCAAAUACCUUGAAACAAAAUGGUCGAAACGGUGAAAUCAGGGUAGCUUUUGUGCUGUACAAUAACCUGGGCACUUACCUCUCCACGGAGAAUGCCAGCAUGAAACUGGGAACAGAAGCAAUGUCGACGAAUCAUUCCGUCAUUGUCAACUCCCCUGUCAUCACGGCAGCAAUAAACAAAGAGUUCAGCAAUAAGGUUUACCUAGCUGAUCCCGUGGUGUUUACUGUCAAGCACAUCAAGUCAGAAGAAAAUUUCAAUCCAAACUGUUCAUUCUGGAGCUAUACAAAGCGUACAAUGACAGGGUACUGGUCCACCCAGGGGUGUCGCCUCCUGACAACUAACAAGACACACACCACAUGCUCCUGCAAUCACCUAACGAACUUUGCGGUCCUGAUGGCACAUGUGGAAGUUAAGCACAGCGAUGCAGUCCAUGACCUGCUCCUGGACUUCAUCACAUGGGUUGGCAUCCUGCUGUCACUGGUCUGCCUCCUGAUCUGCAUCUUCACCUUCUGCUUCUUCCGUGGACUUCAGAGUGACCGCAACACGAUUCACAAAAACUUGUGCAUCAGCCUCUUUGUGGCAGAACUCCUCUUCCUCAUUGGCAUUAACCGGACUGACCAACCGAUUGCCUGUGCCGUCUUUGCUGCCCUCCUGCACUUCUUCUUCCUGGCAGCUUUCACCUGGAUGUUCCUGGAGGGGGUGCAGCUCUACAUCAUGCUCGUGGAGGUUUUUGAGAGUGAACACUCCCGGAGGAAGUAUUUCUAUUUGGUUGGCUAUGGCAUGCCUGCACUGAUUGUGGCUGUAUCAGCAGCGGUGGACUACAGGAGCUAUGGCACAGACAAAGUAUGUUGGCUCCGACUUGACACCUACUUCAUUUGGAGCUUUAUAGGACCGGCGACCUUGAUAAUUAUGCUUAAUGUCAUCUUCCUUGGGAUUGCUCUCUAUAAAAUGUUUCAUCAUACUGCCAUACUGAAACCCGAAUCUGGAUGUCUUGACAAUAUAAACUAUGAGGAUAACAGACCCUUCAUCAAGUCCUGGGUUAUAGGUGCCAUAGCCCUGCUCUGCCUAUUAGGACUCACCUGGGCAUUUGGACUCAUGUAUAUUAAUGAAAGCACAGUCAUCAUGGCGUAUCUCUUCACCAUAUUCAAUUCUCUGCAGGGAAUGUUUAUAUUCAUUUUCCAUUGUGUCCUCCAGAAAAAGGUACGUAAAGAGUAUGGAAAAUGCCUGCGCACACAUUGCUGUAGUGGGAAAAGUACAGAGAGCUCUAUCGGCUCAGGAAAGACCUCAGGGUCACGGACACCUGGAAGAUAUUCCACAGGUUCACAGAGCCGGAUUCGUAGGAUGUGGAAUGACACAGUUCGAAAGCAGUCCGAGUCUUCCUUUAUUACUGGAGAUAUAAACAGUUCAGCUUCACUCAACAGAGGAGCCAUGGCUAAUCAUCUUAUAACCAAUGCUCUGCUUCGUCCUCAUGGCACUAACAACCCUUAUAAUACAUUGCUCGGGGAAACGGCGGUCUAUAACAACCCUUCUGUCAGCAUGUACAACGCACAAGAGCCCUACAGAGAGACAAAGGGGCUUCUGAACAAUGCCAGGGAUACAAGUGUCACGGAUACUCUACCACUGAAUGGUAAUCACAGCAACAGCUACAGCAUCGCCAGCGGCGAGUACCUCAGCAACUGCGUGCAAAUCCUUGAUCGUGGGUACAACCACACCGAGAACGCCCUCGAGAAAAAGAUUCUGAAGGAACUCACCUCCAACUACAUCCCUUCCUACCUGAACAACCAUGAGCGCUCCAGCGAGCAGAGCCGCAACCUGAUGAACAAACUUGUCAACAGCGUGGGCGGCGGGAGUGAGGAUGACGCCAUUGUGCUGGACGACGCCACCUCCUUCACCCACGAGGAGAGCCUGGGCCUGGAGCUCAUCCAUGAGGAGUCGGAUGCCCCGCUGCUGCCCCCCCGGGUAUACUCUGCGGACAACCACCAGCCCCACCUCUACAGCCGGCGGUGCAUCCCGCAAGACAACAGUGAGAGUUUUUUCCCCUUGCUGACCAACGAGCACACGGACGACCUCCAGUCACCCAACAGGGAUUCUCUCUAUACCAGUAUGCCCGCGCUGGCCGGCAUGCCCAUGACGGAAAGUGUCACAGCCAGCACCCAGACCGAUCCCCCACCAGCCAAAAGCAAUGGUGGCGACGCUGAUGAUGUUUACUACAAAAGUAUGCCCAACCUUGGCUCCAGGAACCACGUCCAUCAGCUACACACUUACUACCAGCUAGGUCGAGGCAGCAGCGACGGUUUUAUAGUCCCACCAAACAAAGAGGGAACCCCCCCGGACGGCAAUGCAAAAGGACCUGCUCACUUGGUCACUAGUCUAUAGAAGAUUCAGCAAAAAUUAAGCAAAGAGACAACAAAAAGCCCCUCCGUAACGCUCGGUUUACUGUUCUGAGUUAAUCCAAACAGUGGUAAUAUUGUGUGUACUCCUAAAUCUUCAUGCUGUUCGAAAGGAAACUCUUGGACUUUUUUUACUGGAAUUUUUAGGCCGGCCCGGAGAGGACAGUAACUGCUGCCCCCCCCCCCCCCUUCUCCCCCCAUCCUCCUUCCCUCCAGAUAGACUUCAUUAUGUUAAUGAAAGAGAUAGAUAACGGCACGCUUUGUGGCCUUCUCAAGUUAUGCCGUGUUUGUUUAAACAAUCCUUGAUGCUGUGUUGCUCUUAAUACCAAGGACCUGAUUUAAGAGGAAAAAAAUUAAAAAAAGGCAAAAACAAACAAACAAAAGUAAAGAAAAAAUAAAAGGCCAAAAAUGUGCAUUUAAAACUAGUAGCGAUGACUCAUCUAGGUGGGAGCGCUGCACAAAAACAAGCUAGCAAAACUCUUUCUUACCAAUCCAGAUCACCUCAUGGGUUUUGGUCACUCACAACUUGGUUUCACUGCAGCGCCCUUUGCUGUGGGAGCAAACAAAACAAAAAUUUAAUGAGAUGGAAGGGAAUCCUAGAAUUCUGUGCUAAAGGCAUAUUUUAUGUUUUGCUGUAUUAACGGAUGAUAAAAACUAAUGGCAGAUAAAGAGAAGAGAACAAUUUCUAUGUAAUGUACAGAUACUAGCAUUGCACAUAUAGUCUGCUUUCUGUUCCUCCAGAACUUGCGUCCCUGUUAAUGUAGUGGAAAAAAAAACAAAAAACUUUUUUCUGUUGUGCUGGUCUUGUAAGUUUGUCUACCAGUAGGAGCAAGGUUUUUCAUAACUCCUCCUUUUUUUUUCGGUUUUGUUUUGCCUCUUCCACUGUUCCUCACCUUCAUCCUGUCCCCAUCCCAGUAAAAAAAAAAAAAUCUCUGGGGAAAAAAAAAAACAAACAUCACUUUAUAAGGACUAUUUUUAGUAACACCAUCACCAUUUCUUUUCAGCCAAGGCAGUCUUUUUAUUUCCUCGCUGUACAACUUUCUACAGCCAGUGUAUUGCUGGCAGACCUCUUGGCAGACUAGACCAGGGCAAACUUCCCCAUUGACAGUGCACAACCGAUCGUGACAAUAAUCCUGUGAAGCGUCUUUGGCAAGCAGCCCCUCAGCCAGGCCGUAGGGUUGCAUCCAGGAGCUGAGAGGUUCAUUUUAUUGUCAUAGCAGGGCUUCCACAGGAGAUGGCCAUUUUCCUGGAGGAGCAAAGAGCCUUCACGGCUCAAUCUGGUCCCCGGUUUAGGCACUUGUACUGCAGUGGUUAAGAAAACUGAUUGAUGUGUAGUGAGCUAAAAAGUACUUUGCAGUGAUUAAAAAAAAAGGUCUUCUGUUCAUUAUUUUUCCUAACAGGAAAUUUAUUUAUUUGACAGGAUUUUUAAUUAACAUAGGCUUUCUGGAGGUAAAUUAGCAGCACGGAGUAUGAAUAAUUAUUUUUUUUCUUUUUUUAUUUUUUAUUUUUUUUUAAUUUAUGAUCCAUUUUGUACGGUCUCAACAGUUGAAUGACCUCAUUACUAAUAUUUGUUGUAAAAGUGAAGCUUGUUUGCCAACCAAUAAACAACUGAUCACGAUUUAGAAGAUACUGUAUGUAUGUACUGUACAAUUAAUCUCUCCUUUUUUGUUGUUGUUGUUGUUCAUCUCUCCAUUACUGUCUUCAGUACAAGUCUCCACUCCUUUAUGGCAUGGGUGAGCAAUGCCAAAGAAAGGAGGCCUAAGCUGAGCAAUUUAAGCACAAAGGUUACACAGCUGCGGCUGACUAGAAAUAUCAGGCUAACAGUACUUGUUUAGGGGUAAGAACAACACUGAUCGAUACUUGUUGCAGGUGAUUCUAGGUCUGUUUUGUGCCUACUGUAUAAACUAGCCAACGACACGCGGAUUAUUUGAGUAUAGUAUUUCAUGUGUCGUACCUUUUAAUCAUUGUAAUGUUUUAAUUUUUUUUUUUUUUUAAGUUUGUUUUUUCUGAGAUUAAAAAACUGCUGGUAGCAUGUCAAAGAGUAAAACAAGUCCCCGUUAGGCCUCCUCAGUCAUUGUUUGCUGUCUCUUUAUUUUCUUGCUCCGAGCAUAUGCAAAGCACCAUCAUUGUCCUAGGCUACAUAACCCUUCCCAAUCCCAUGACUGCCGAUUGCCCGCUGGCACUUUGCCACUCUCAUUUAGCUUCCCCUUUCAAAUCCCUUGGGAGCAAUUAGGAUUCAUCGUCAGGAUAUAGAAGGCCACACAAUAGACUAGAAAGAUUGACAGUGAAAAUAAUCACCUCCGGACACGCUUUUUCCUGAUUUUUCAGUCUGUGAUUUUUCACAAAACCCUCCCGUGACUUGGCCUUUGGCAUCUGGUGCUGCCUCUGUCCAAACUGCCUCUAUCUGACUCCCAUCAAGCUGGGUAAAAGCCAGAACAUUUGGAAGAGGCAGGUGAUGCCUGUGUUAGACAAUAUAUUCCCAGUACUGAGAAUAAAUGUAGCAGCAGAGCACCUCUGUCCCAGGGUUGUCCUCACACGGAGCGAUGCUGCUCAGUUCUGCUCAGCAGGGACUUGGUGCGGGUGAAACCCAGGGGUUGGUGGUAUUUGGUGGUAUUCGUGGCCUACAGAAGAGUCUGGUUGAGUCACUUGAGUCCUUCCUGCAGACAGGCAGUCAGACCAAAACAUCUUGGGAAGAAAACUUCAUUUCUGACCAAGCACUGAUUACAGCUUGGUCAGAAAUCCUACAGUUGUGCCUCUUCCCAGGUCUAGGUUUUGUGAAAGGAGUAUUUCCCAUCAGGAGACUGGGAAUCACAUAGCUUCAUAGCAAAACAUCCACUGGCCAGCCAGGUCGUGUUCUUGCUCUUGAUACUGUCUCAUAAUUUCAUUUUAUUUUCCAUGCCAGCAGGGAUGGAGCUGGGUAGUGCAUGGUAGACUUAUGCAUGCAGGCAAAGCAUGAUUCAGUCCCAUGUGGCCAUACCAGUCUAUGUAGCCGCCCAAAGGAGGCUCUUAAGACUUGACAUAUGAAGUACCUCUUAUUGUGGAGAAAGUAAAAACUCUUCUACUGUAUUAGACCCCAAAAAAAUGUUUUCCAGGGAUAUGGCAGGAUUGAAUUCAUGCAGAGGGUGAGAGACACCAUAUCAAACAUUGCUGUGAUAAAAUGGGAGGCAGGUGAUCAACAUGGCAUUUACCAGAGUGCCCGAAACUAUGCAAGAAUAAACUAGUGGUGGGUUUGCUGGGAUGAUUUGAGAUGAUUGCGUCCUAUUGAAAAAUCUUUGACUUUUUUUACUCUGGUCGUUCUUCCCCAGCAUUUCUAUGUAUUUCAGAUUUAUCAGUGAACAGGAUAUUUUUCUGCUCUUCUCCAUCCCUUUUUGCUCGAGCUUGUCUCUGCCAGCCUAACAUGCCUAUUAGUGCUUUGAUUGCAAAAAAAAAACCUGUUUAUUUUCAAGCUGAUUAUUUCUGUCCCCAAGCUGUUCUGGCGCCGCAGGAUUCACUGUUGGUGCUUCUUACAGUUUUGGAAACAGUGGAAUCACAAAAUAGAAGGAAAAUAUAUAUUAUUAAUUAUAUUAAGCCAAAAAUGGUUUAAGACUGUAAUUUAGUUGGGGAGGAAGGCAGGAAGCAAGAUCAAGAUUAUUUUAGUCACUUUUUUUCCCCUUGAAAACAGGCUUUUGUUGUGUCAGAGAGUUAAUUAUGGGCAUGGUGAAGGUUUCUGUUUGUUGAUAAGUAGCUCUAUAGAUAAAAUUCUUAAGUAACUGGCAAUAUAGUGGUGUCUUCUGUGCUUGCCCAUUUUGUAUAAGAACCAUAGAAUCAUAGGGACACCUUCCACUAGAUCAGGUUGCUCAAAGCCUCAUCCAAUCUGGCCUUGAACACUUCCAGAGACAGUGCAUUCAAAACUUCUCUGGGCAACCUGUUCCAGUGCCUCACCACCCUCACAGUAAAGAAUUUCUUCCUAAUGUCUCAAUAUAAAUCUGUCCUCUUUCAGUGUCAAGCCAUUAUCCCUAUCCUGUCACUACAUGCCCUCUCCAGGUUUCUUGUAGACCCCUUUUAGGUUUUGGAAGGCUGCUAUAAGGUCUUCCUGGAGCCUUCUCUUCUCCAAACUGAACAAACCCAACUCUCAGCCUGUCUUCAUAGGAGAACUGCUCCAGCCCUCUGAUCAUCUUCAUGGCUCUUCUUUGGACUCCCUCCAGCCAGUCCAUGCCAUUCAUAUGUUGGAGACUCCAGACCUGAAUGCAGUAAUGGCCAUAAGAGACUGUAAAAUUUUUCCCAAAACAUGUGAAGGAGAACUGCAGGGGAAAAGACAUGCAAAGGAAGACUAUGUAGGCUGGACGGUAGCUGGGGAUGGGGGUAUUCGUCACAGCUUUAGAGGCACUGUGUAGCAAUAUUACUUAUCAUGGUGCUGCUCCUUUCUGACUAUUAAUUACGUUUACUUCCAUGAAAUCUGUGGUUGUUAACCAAUCUUUUUACUUCCUCCCUGCCACCAGGUAAUGAGCAAUGAGAUGCUUCAGAGGGCUGGGGGAAAGAUUGGUGGCGGUAGGAGGCACUGAUCUCUGGGGAGUUCUUGUGUAUCUCUGUGUGUGUCCUUAUUGCUUGUAUCCCCCUUCCUUCUUCUGUAGCCACCUUGCCUCUCUCACACAUACCCUUAUGCUCUUGAUCUCACUAGUUUAUAAAGAAUGUAAUGCCCCAUAGACUUGGCUAGACGACGGGGAUAAAAAUAUAGCUCAUCUUAUUAGAAAGCUAUCUCAGGAAAGUCUAAGAGCACUGGCUUGGUCAUCUGUCGCACCCUGAUUCCCUUCAUAUGUUUAGAAGUACUUUAUUUUUAGCUACCUGCUGCAUUCAGCUAGACUCUAUGCAAAUUUUAUUUAAUGAAUAUUUUAGGGUUUAAAUAGUCUGUGCUCAUUAACAUUAUAUAAAUGUCAUGUUGUUUCUGGCUCUCCAGUAAAGGCAUGGAGAACAUCCUGCAGCAUAAAGCUGAAACCAGAUGAAAUUGGUGGUUAAUACUCCCAGGGAAGGCAGCAUAGCUGUCCUCAGCAGGGACAUUAGCAGUGUGGUCAGGGGAGAGUACCUGAAGGAGCACCCAUGGGAGAGCGGCAGCAUCUCCUGCUCUGCACCAAGAGUCAUACUGCUGGGUGCAGGCAGCUGGUUUAGGGUCAGUUUUUCCCUUCCAGAGGCUUUGGGAAGUCCUAGGUAUGCAUGGAUCAUAUACCAGAUCAUAUGUCAUCCCAGAUCAGUUGGGAUGGUCUGUCUGAUGCUGAGACUAGCCAGGAUAGCUCGGAAAUCUACCUUUUUCGCAUUGGAUUAGCUUUUUACAGGUGCUUACUGUUGAUUGCAUUUGGUGCACCAGACAGAUGAUGAUAGCCUUCUCCAGCAAAAUGCCAACAAAAACAAUCAACCUAUUUGCUGGGGUUUUUUUUAUUUCUUCACCUUCCACAUAUUUUCUUAUCUUUCUACUCCUUAAAUACACUGUACACAUGUAAAAAACCAAGCUAAAACCUCAAUAAAUAAAACCAAAAAUA